GAGCUGGGGUCUGCCUUGGCGUGGUGCUUCGACCCACCCUGGAUUGCGGUGCCUCCCCUCAGAUGCCCUUAUCACUGGUCGGGGGAGGGCAAUAUGUCCCCGCUCCAGCUCCUUCGGUGACACUUACUUCACCCCCCACAUCGACACCACUGGCAUCUCAAGAAUUUCCUGUCGCACUAUAAUCCUCUGGGUACCGGCUUCGCUUGCGCCCCCGCAAUGCUCGCUCUACUCCUUGCCGCUGGCGUGGUGGCAGCAACGCACAACGUUGUUCCCUUUCAGCUCUCCGUCACGGACCAGUCCCCCCUCGUUCAGUUCACGCCGGCUGGUCCCGGUGGAUGGAACUCGUCCUUUAGUCAAUCAGCUUGGUCCACGUAUACUGAGGGUCAGCCGGGUAUAGGGGAAUCGUUGCAUUACAUCAACACCUCAACUUGGGAGGGCGUCGUGAGGCCCAGCUUCUCCGUUGGGCUGUCCGCGUCGGAUGUUAUCGUGAUGGGCGAUGUUAAUGGGUCGCCGCCUGCCGACAACGCGAUCUCCGCUACGGUCACGGUGUACGAGGAAGAGGCCGGCAAGGGGCCCGGUGAUGGACAAGUCACCAACGUCACCGCAUCGCAAGGCCUCAAACUGUCCUCCGGCCAGCUUGCACGAGUCAGCAACCUCAGCGCGGAGCAGCCGCAUCUGGUCGAGUUUACGAUCACGGACGCGGCACCGAGUGUAUACAACGUGCGCAAUGUUAUUAUUACGACGGCUCUUUGGAGCAAGGCGUAAGUCUAAUCUCCGCCUUACGACAUAGAACGUCCAGCCGUGCUAAUUGGGGACAGGAACAGCUUCGACAAGGUGCCCCAAACCGCAACUCCUUUCGUCGUGGAUGGCAAGCCCAACCCCGAGUUUCAGGUGGAUUCUUCAUCAUGGACUGUCAAUACCUCGACGGUUUAUGGCACCAGUAUGUCGUGGUAGCAGGGGGUCCU